GUAUAAGCACUUUGAGCGCUGGGCCACAGCUAAUGACUUCCCGCUGGAAAACCUGGUGAAUGAUGGCAGCACUACGUUGGAGGACCGCCUUGGUGCUGUGGCCGACCUGCAGCUGGCCAUACGCAGCCGCAAGCUUCAGGACGACAUCAUGGUGAUUGCAGGAGACAUGCUGUGUGCAGACCAGAACUUUGACAUCGCUCAAGUUAUCCGUUUCUUCAGGUCACAGACUGGAGAGCUGAUGAUCUACUACGAGCUGGAGGAAAGUGAGAAACGCAGCUCCAGAGGCAUUGUGGAAGUCUGCCCUGAAACACAUAGCGUGGUGUUCUACUGCUUCAGGAGAGACACACUGUCCUACCUGUCUGACUUCCUGAACCUGCAGCCUCGAGCCACAGACAGGACCUUCGGACAACUCUGGGAGUGGCUCAUUAAUGAGAAACAACUGGACGUGUUUGGGAUGAAGCUCCCCACCGGCUUCCAGCUCAUUGGACAAGUGGGUUUGUCAGACUACACAAAGUGGCUCACACACUACUCCACCAAGCAGCAAGACAAUCCUGCUAAACCAAUCACAUGCCGAUCAUUCGCCCGGGUUGGACUUAUGGGGAAUCCCUCAGAUGGCUUCAAUGGAAAAACCAUCGCCAUGUCAAUCUCUAACUUCUGGGCUGAGGUCACUCUAGUGGAGAGCCAGACUUUGGUAACACACUUUUUUAAGAUGAAGCUCCUUCAUCAGGGAAUACACUGUGAAAAAGUCACCUGA